AUGUUAGAAAAGCGUAGAAGCAGCAGUUCGGUGUUUAAUAUUCCUGCGAAACUACCAAAAAAAGAAAGUAUACUUGAUAAAAAAAUACAUUUUUUUGGUACACAGUUAACUGUUGGUAUUGUUAUUGGUGUUUUUCUUGCAUUAAUUACAAUUGGGCUACAAUGUAUUGCUUUUUUUACACCACAUUGGAAAGAAGUUUCUCCCAUUACUCAUUCAUUAUAUGUUGAUGGUGUUGAUGCUCUUAUUCGUACUGAAAUUCUAAUAUAUUUUAAUUCUGUUCACCGUUUUACUCGUCAUUCUUAUGGUUUAUUUCAACGUUGUGAAUAUCUUUUAGAUAAUGCAACAAAAUUACUUAUUGGACACAAUGAAAUUCUUCACUUGGGUUUAAAUAAACAACAUAAAACAUGUACAAAAAAUUUUAUACCAUCCUAUGAAGAUAAAAAUUUUAAUGAAUGUCAUAGUUUACAAUAUUAUCGGUUUUGUUCAAAAACAGGUGAAAAAAAUUUUGAUAUUAGUAAUGAUUAUCUUCGAGCAACAUUUGAUAUUUCAUUAAAUUCACAUUUAAAUAUUAACUCAAUAUCUUCAUGUGAUUGUCAUUAUCCAACGUAUAUUAAAGCAUGUCAUGUACUUGGAGUAAUUGCAUUAAUUAGUUUGUCUUUAACUGCUUUACUUUAUGGUUUAUUUCCAUUUCUUAAAAAUCGUCAUCAACGUUUACAAGUUAAAUGUUUUGGUGUAUUAUCAUCAUUAUUUGCAAUGAUAUUUAUUUUAAGUAAUCUACUAACUGCAUUGAAUCAUUUGCAAUAUGAAUCAACUGAAUAUUUAACUUCUAUUGAAAGACAUUAUAAAUCAAGUCAAAUUUAUAAAUUAUCAGAAGAUGCAAAAGUAUCUAUUAAUCGAUUUCUAUCAAGUAUUAACAUUGAAAUUGGUUAUUCAACUAUAAUUGCGUGGAUUGCUUUUAUUUUAUCAAUUAUUGAUGGAAUAUUAUUAAUGACUACAUGUAAAGUAACACAUUAUCCUGAAGAUAUAGCAACUCUUUUUAGUGGUAUUCCUUCGGAUUCACCACGACAAAUUUCAACGGUCGGGAAUGAAGAAUAUAAAACGUUGGCCACUCCACUUACCUUCUCACCACAUGCGACUGAUUCUCAAGUUCUUCAACGUCCUCCUGAUUCUUGUCCUUCUCCUCCUCGAUCGCCACCAGCAAUUGUAAAGACUAAUACUAAUGAACAAUCGAAAGUACACUCAUCUUCUCCGUCUUCAUGUUUAAAACAAUAUCAUUCACCACGAAUCCACUUUGAAGACGAAGUGUGA